UGAUUUUCCUGAAAGACACGCGAAAUAGAGCGCCACCUGAUAAGCGCGUGAAAUACAAUUUUUGAAUUUGCACUCACACAACUGUAUAAUAUAUUUAUUGCUUAAUAUUUAAUAUAUAAAAUUAGUUGUCAAUAGGAUAAUAAAACAUUGUUUAAAUAGUUGAAAGUCGGGGAUUUUUUCAGUGUUGUUAGUGACAUUCUUCAUCUUCUCUGUGAUCAAGAUCUGUUAGUGUAAUUAUUAUUGAAGACAACUGAAGACAGCUGAGCUAUGGUAGUUGAGGAGAUUUAAUCAAGUUAUAUAGUUAAUUGGAGUUUUAUAGUGUUAGAAGUGCAUAGUUUACUGUAGGAGAACUUCAUGGAUAUGAUAAAAGAAGAUUGUGCCAGUGAAUGCUUUAUCUGAAAACCUCAUCAGGCAUUAUGGAGAAUAUACGCUUAGCCGUUCUUUUCUUCAUUCUUUCAAUAGGUGCGGUGCAGUCGUAUCUGGACGAGGGCAUGUUCAACAACAGCAUCGGCAGUUACCCCUACUUCGAAUUCAAUGUACCACGAAAUGUCACCACAGCCGUAGGCCAAACGGCCUUUUUACACUGCAGGGUGGAACAGUUGGGAGACAAAGCGGUUUCAUGGAUCCGUAAAAGGGAUCUGCACAUCCUGACGGCUGGUAUCCUGACGUACACGUCCGAUCAGCGGUUCCAGGUGAUCCGACCGGACAAGUCGGACAACUGGACAUUGCAAAUCAAAUUUCCGCAGCUACGCGACUCCGGUGUCUACGAGUGCCAGGUUAACACUGAACCGAAGAUGUCGCUUCCAUUUAGAUUGAAUGUUAUCGAAGCAAAAGCCCGCAUCCUCGGUCCCAGCGAUCUUCACGUGAAGGCCGGCAGCUCGGUGUCGCUGACUUGCGUCAUCAAUCAAGGACCGCACGAUCUGGGGACCGUGUUUUGGUACAAAGGUGACGAUAUGUUGCAGCCAACUCUACCACAUAUAAAUAAUGCCGAUACCUCGCUCCUCACCAUACAGAACCAAUGGACCGACGGCCUCACAUCCAGACUGCACAUCUCUAGUGUCCAUCUAUCCGAUUCGGGGAACUACUCCUGCGUCCCAACAAUAGCGGCCACCGCCAGCGUCAAUGUGCACGUUAUUAAUGGAGAACACCCAGCGGCGAUGCAACACGGCAACAAGAACACGGCGCCACUUCUCUCACUCCACUGCACCCUUGUAUAUAGCAUCUUCGUCAUCAUUGUGAAACACAUCAGAUGAAAAAUCCCACUGUAAAUAAAGGCAAAAAAAAUCAUUUAUCACCAGGUCCCAGCAAAGAAAAUACCGUGAACUACCCGUUACAAAACCGUCGUCACAAUGUUACAGUUUCCAAAUUUGUCAUUUCUCAUGUUUUGACUCUUCCUACCCCCCUUAACUGUGUAUAAAAACAUAUCUUUACGUUGUAUAUUAUAAAAUGGAAUAUGGAUCACCUCUAACAUUUAAUUCACCGCGACCCUGUCUGGACUUCAUCAACACUAUUACUAUGACUAUCUUAAUUUUGUUAAUAAUUCAUUGUAGAUAUUAUUUAUAGUAACUCGACUUUUUGU